AUUUUUGAUCCAAGAUGGCGACUGCAUGAUCCAAGGGUAUUCGUGGAUCCCGUAAUCCUUAAUGUGACACGCUUUCGAUCGAAAAUUCUUUAACCAUAGAGGUUGCAGCCUCUCACGUCUGCUGAAUAUAAGUAUUAUCACUAAAGUUGGACAAAUCACCUGAAUAUUUCGAACUCAAAUCAGAUCAUUGAAGCAAAGAGAAAACUUUAACAUUACCUUGUCCAGUUUCCAAAAAUUGUACAGUUUUGGAGUAUAAAAUGAGCACUUUGCCAACUCUGGAUAGUCAAAAAACCACCUAUAUCAGUGAUCAGGAUAAUUGUGGGGAAGAGGACAUUUCUGUUGUCACAUACAACAUUCUUGCAGAUUUUUACGUUCAAAGUGCAUUGAAAAAGGGCAGGUAUAAGAAUUGCCCUGAAGAAUAUGUUACACCAAAACAAGACAGGAGCUGUCCACGACACAAGCUACUUAUGAGAGAGCUUCAGUGGUUAAAUGGAGACAUUGUCUGUCUACAAGAAGUGGACCCAGCCUACUUUGCAGGAAUCCUUGAAGAAGUUAUGUUGUCCUUAGGGUAUAAGGGACUGUUUAUGCAGAAGUCUCCCUGCACAGGUCGACAGGAGGGAGUAGCACUGUUCUUCAAAAAGGACAAGUUUGAACUAGAACAGUCAAAAACAUUAGUUAUCAAUGACAUUGCAUCAGAUGCCUCUUUAGAGGCCGAGUGUCAAAAAUUUGGAGAAGUUGUGAUAUUUGCAGCAGUAAGGCAUAAAAUUACCAAUGUGGUGCUAGUGACAGCUACCACUCACAUUUUAUGGAAAGAUCUCCUUGAACCUGUCACGCAAAUCUGUGAAGUGUCACUUGUCACUCAAGCCCUUCAUGAUAUGGUUACGUCACUGAGGUCACAAGGAAAGCGUGUGGCCUAUAUCCUGUGUGGAGAUUUUAAUAUUGAACCUCACUGUCCUCCUUACAGUCUCCUAACCACUGGUCGUCUCAGCGAAAAUGAAUUCUGCAAACUCCAAACUGUUGAUUACUUGCGAUUCUCGGCAGAUAUUCCAAAGCCAGAGCAGGUUCUUCCUGAACAGAUUGCACUUUUGUACAAAGCCAAGAACCAUCUCCAUUGUCCACUGACACCUCUGCGGAGUGCCUACAAGGUGGUCUUGGGUUCUGAGCCUGAAUGCACAAGUUUUGAGGAUGAUGCGAGUCGCUUGUGGACUUUUGACUACAUUUGGUUUGAUUCCGAAAAUUUGCAAGUUACAUCAGUUCUGGAAACCUUACCUGCGUCAGCAAUCGCUGCGUACAGAGGUUUUCCUAAUGAGUAUUUUUCAUCAGAUCACUUUUCUUUGAAGGCGAGUUUCAAGCUAAUGUGUUGAUAAUGAAAACAGCCUGCUUCGACGCUGUCAUCUGAAUGAAAAUCAAUUUUCAUCAUCUUUUCCUUUUUGAAAUUGCACGCUGUCGCUUAGCGACGGUGUACAAUUGGUCGUUUAGCAUUAUUGCAAUUGGUCGUUUGGCAUUAUCAGAUAAUUUUUUUAAUCCUGCAGUAUUGAAAAUUGUGAACGUUUUUUACUUCUGUAGAUCAUACAUUAGCGUAAUCCUCAAAGGAUUGCUGAAAUAAGUUUUUUUUAUUUCUCAAUAAGGGAAAAAUAAUAGGAGCUCCAACAAAGCUUUAUAAUUUCUCGAGCUGGAAAGAGGUUCAUCAGACCUGAAUGUCUUACGAAGACAAGCCGCAGUUUCUGAACGAAAAAAACAAAACAAAACAAAGAAUGCCUUUGGUAACGAGAUGGUGGUGGAACAAUACAUUUAAUAAACUGAACAAUAACUGA